ACGGGCUCCGCCGGCUGCUAUUCCGGCUGGCGGCGACCGCCGCAGGAAGGGCCGGUUCCUGCGCUCCCCCCGCCCCUUCCCUCGCCUUCUGCUGACGCUGACGUCGGAUGAGGGAGCUGGAGGGACGCUCCGACCGCGGCCAGGAGGCUCUCGGGGGCCGGGGCUCCGAGUAGAAAAAAGAAGAAGAAGAAAACAUGUCAGGACACAAAUGCAGUUAUCCCUGGGACUUACAGGAUCGAUAUACUCAAGAUAAGUCUGUAGUAAAUAAGAUGCAGCAGAAGUAUUGGGAAACGAAGCAAGCCUUUAUUAAAGCCACAGGGAAGAAAGAAGAUGAGCAUGUUGUUGCCUCUGAUGCAGACCUGGAUGCCAAGCUAGAGCUGUUUCACUCGAUUCAGAGAACCUGUUUGGACUUGUCUAAAGCAAUUGUACUCUAUCAAAAGAGAAUAUGUUUUUUGUCUCAAGAAGAAAACGAACUGGGAAAAUUUCUCCGAUCCCAAGGCUUCCAAGACAAAACCAGAGCAGGAAAGAUGAUGCAAGCAACGGGAAAGGCCCUCUGCUUUUCUUCCCAGCAAAGGUUGGCCUUGCGAAAUCCAUUGUGUCGAUUUCACCAAGAAGUGGAGACUUUUCGGCACCGGGCCAUCUCAGACACUUGGCUGACGGUGAAUCGCAUGGAGCAGUGCCGGACUGAAUACAGAGGGGCAUUAUUAUGGAUGAAGGAUGUGUCACAGGAGCUUGAUCCAGACCUCUACAAGCAAAUGGAGAAGUUCAGGAAGGUACAAACACAAGUACGCCUUGCCAAAAAAAGCUUUGACAAAUUGAAGAUGGAUGUGUGUCAAAAAGUGGAUCUUCUUGGAGCAAGCAGAUGCAAUCUGUUGUCUCAUAUGCUAGCAACAUACCAGACCACUCUGCUUCAUUUUUGGGAGAAAACUUCUCACACUAUGGCAGCCAUCCAUGAGAGCUUCAAAGGUUACCAACCAUAUGAAUUCACUACAUUAAAGAGUUUACAAGACCCUAUGAAAAAGCUGAUUGAGAAAGAAGAAAGGAAGAAGGUCACCCAGCAGGAAAGUUCAGAGGCCACGGUGGAGGAGCCGAGUCAGUUAAUUUCAUUAGAAGAUGAAAACCAACGCAAGGAAUCCUCUAGUUUUAAGACUGAAGAUGGAAAAAGCAUUUUAACUGCCUUAGACAAAAGCUCUACACAUAAUGCAUGCUCAGAUGAACUAUUAGGCAUAAAACCCGAGGAAGGUGCUUGCCUGGGCCCAGUGGCGGGGACCCUAGAACCCGAGGGUGCUGACAAAGAUGACCUGCUUCUGUUGAGUGAGAUCUUCAAUGCUUCCUCCCUGGACGAGGGUGAGUUCAGCAAAGAGUGGGCUGCCGUGUUUGGAGACGGCCGGCCGAAGGAGCCAGUGCCCACUGUGGCCGCCGGAGAGCCAGACCCCAGACCCCAGGCAGGCUCAGGAUUCCUUCCUUCACAGCUUUUAGACCAAAACAUGAAAGACUUACAGGCCUCACUCCAAGGCUGGUCAGAGAACAAUGUCAAUCCUCCUCCUACUCCAUGGCCAGCACCACAGGCAAGCAGUCCAAAUGACAACAGCCCUGCAAUGAAAGAACCUGCCAAGGCUGCCUCCUCGGACCUGACUGCCUGGUUCAGCCUCUUUGCUGACCUCGACCCACUGUCAAAUCCUGAUGCUGUUGGGAAAACCGAUAAAGAACAUGAAUUGCUCAAUGCAUGAUUCUGCAGCCUCUCGGAGGGAGCCCUCGUGCCACUCCUCGGCCACACACCUGGGGACACGCAGACGUAUGAAGUGAUCAGUAUGCUGUUUUCAUAUUUACGUGCCAUUUUAAUAAAAUGAAAGGGUCAGAGGCCCUGUUUAUAUUGGUAUAA